UUCCUCACAACCUCCCGCCGGCAACUCCGACGCCCUGUGUUCUGUUCGUCAUAAGGACCGGCUCAGUUGUGAUAGGGUCUUUUGAUUGAUACAGGCAGCCACAAGAUGCGGAAGGAUGGGAAGAAACUCAAGGACGAUGAUUUGAAACCAAUAGAGAAAGAGGUUGUUGUGAACGGAAGUGAAGUUCCGAGUGAUUCUGAAGACGGUAGUGUAGAAAGUCCUGUUGUGUCUGAUGAUGACGAGAGCUUCUCUGAGGGCGAUGAUUCUUCAAGGAAUUCAGAUUCGGAAUCAGAAUCAGGGUCCGAACAUAGUGACUUCUCAGAAGAUGAGGAUGGUGAAAACCCAAGCAAUGAAGGUGGCUUGAGUGAUGGAGUUGAUGAUCUUAAUCAAGGAGAUCAAAGUGCAAGUGAUGAUUCUCGUGAAGUAGUUGAUGAGAGUGAUUCAUCAGAAGAUGAGGUUGGUCCUCGGAACACUAUUGGGGAUGUUCCGUUAGAGUGGUACAAGGAGGAGGAACAUAUUGGAUAUGAUGUUGCUGGAAAGAAAAUCAAGAAGAAGGAGAGACUUGAUAAAUUGGAUUCAUUCUUAGCUAGAACUGAUGACUCCAAUAGCUGGCGCAAGAUCACCGAUGAAAUUGAGGAUGAGGAAGUAGAACUUACUAAAGAAGAAACUAAGCUUAUCCGCAGAUUGUUGAAAGGACAAGCGCCUCAUGCAGACUUUGAUCCACAUGCGCCUUAUAUUGAUUGGUUUGCAUGGGAUGGUGCUAAGCAUCCACUCUCAAAUGCCCCAGAACCAAAGAGGCGCUUCAUUCCUUCAAAAUGGGAAAGCAAAAAGGUCGUUAGGUAUAUCAGGGCAAUCAGAAAGGGACUGAUAACGUUUGACAAGCCAAAAGAAGAACCCCGUUUCUAUAACUUAUGGGGUGAUGAAUCUAGCUCAACAGAGAAGGCAGGACAUGGAUUAUCAUAUAUACCUGCACCCAAACCUAAAUUGCCAGGGCAUGAGGAAUCCUAUAAUCCUUCUUUGGAAUACAUUCCAACACAAGAAGAGAUUAGUGCUUAUCAGCUUAUGUUUGAGGAAGACCGGCCUAAGUUUAUUCCAAAGCGGUUCACAUCUUUGAGGAGUGUUCCUGCUUAUGAAAAGAGUGUUAGGGAAUCUUUUGAUCGUUGUUUAGAUUUGUACUUGUGCCCCAGGGCACGAAAAAAGCGUAUUAAUAUCGAUCCCGAAUCCUUGAAACCCAAGCUUCCAAGUCGCAAAGAUCUUAAACCUUACCCAACAACAUGUUAUCUCGAGUACAAAGGCCAUAAGGGUCCAGUUAAAUCACUUUCUACUGACCCCUCAGGGCAGUAUAUUGCUUCUGGCUCACUUGAUGGAACAGUUCGUAUCUGGGAGGUUGAAACUGGUAGAUGUAUCAAGAUAUGGGAACUAGGUGAACCUGUGCAUCAUGUUGCAUGGAAUCCUUUACCGGAGCUUCCUAUCCUGGCAGUCUCCAUGGGACAAGAUGUUUUUAUUCUGAACACUGGGAUUGAGAAAGAAGAACAUAAGAUGAUUGCAGACCUUUUGCAUGUUGAAACUUCCACUGCCCAAGAUGAUUCUGAAAGCAUGGCAUCUGCUGUAAGCUGGUCUCAGUGUGAAAGAUACGAGGGAAUCAGGAUCAAACACUUUAAGACUGUAUCUUCGGUGGAAUGGCAUCGAAAAGGAGACUAUUUCUCUACUGUCAUGCCUGCUGGUGAAUCAAAAGCUGUGCUAAUACACUUGCUCUCAAAGAAACUUACACAAAGAUUGCCGUUUAAGUUGCAUGGUCUUCCUGUCUCUUCAACUUUCCAUCCCACACGAUCAAUUUUCUUUGUUUCAACAAAAAAGAAUGUUCGUGUUUAUGAUCUGGUGAAAAAGAAGUUCAUCAAGAAGCUUGAAGCUGGGGUUCGUGAAAUCUCAUCGAUCUCCAUUCAUCCGGGUGGUGAUAAUGUUAUCGUUGGGAGCAAGGAUGGAAAAUUAUGUUGGUUUGACAUGGAUCUUUCAUCAAAACCUUACAAAAUUCUCAAGUCUCACCCAAAAGACAUAACAAAUGUGGCCUUCCAUCGCACCUAUCCUUUGUUUGCAUCAUGCUCUGAUGAUUGCACAGCGUAUGUUUUCCAUGGCAUGGUGUAUUCAGAUUUAAAUCAGAACCCUCUUAUUGUUCCUUUGGAGAUACUUCAUGGCCAUGCAAGCGCAAAUGGAAGAGGUGUGUUGGAUUGCAAGUUCCACCCAAGACAGCCAUGGUUGUUCACUGCAGGAGCUGAUUCCAUAAUCAAACUCUUCUGCCAUUAGAUUUCCAAAGAAAGAAAAACAGAAAGCUUCAAGAUUCAUCAAGGCACAAUUGUUACUGAACAUUAUUAUUUUUAUACUUGUAUGAGACUCGUGAUUUUGCUUGUAAUUCAAUUUUGUCGUUGUACGAAAUGCAAUCAACUUUGGUGACGAUGAUUUUGUGUUUCGUGUGUAAUAUGCAACUAGUUGAGAAAUUAUUGAAGCAAUAGUAAUGAUAAAUGAAAGAUUAACCAGAUGAAA